AUGAUUAUGAACUUAUUUGGAAUGAAUUCUUUUAAAGUUUGGAUGUGUUUGGUUGUGGUGGCCGGUGCGCGCGCACGCUCUGCGCCGCCCGCCCCCGUCGGCUGUCAGUGGGACUACUCGGACGCCAAGUUGAGUGAAUCAAACUUUCUCACGUGUAACAUUAAAACCAUCGGCUCAGCGGAUUUCUUGUUUAAAAACAUAACCACUGCGCAGGCGUACAAUAUCAACAAAUUAGAACUUACUUGCACUGAUUUACUGUUCUUUGAAAGUUCUUUGCACAUGAAUACAGGCAGUUUUUUAGGACAAUUGCGAAAACUCGAGGACCUGCGCGUUGAGUUCUGCAAAAUACGUUACGUCCCAGCGACGGUUCUCUCACCGUUACGUGAUUUAACAAGUUUGACUCUACGUUCUCAUAAUACAGAUUGGCCUGCCAUGACAAUGGAAUUUCAUGCAGAGAGUUUUCGGGGCUUAAUGGAACUUCGAUCUUUGGAUUUAGGUGACAAUAAUAUUUACUUGUUACCAUCCGAAGUUUUUUGCCCUCUAUUUAGUUUGGAAUCACUAAAUUUAACAAACAAUAGAUUACAAGACAUAUCUGAUAUUGGAUUUUCUAACUGGGGAAAAGGACCAAUUGCACCCGGUAAAUCUUGCAACACGGGAUUAAAAAUGCUUGACUUGUCACAUAAUAAUAUUUUAAGACUGCCUGAUAACGGUCUUUCAAGCCUCAGAUCUUUAGAAGUGUUGAAUAUUCAGAAUAAUUUAAUUAAUGAAAUAGGCGACAGAGCUUUUGUCGGAUUAAAUUCAUUAAAAAUUCUUAACUUAUCGGGGAAUAAGCUAGUGGCUGUGCCACCGGAAUUAUUUCAAUCUUCACGUGUCAUCAAAGAAAUCUCAUUAGCCAAUAAUUCUCUAUCAGUAUUGGCACCGGGAUUAUUGGAAGGCCUUGAUCAACUAGAAAAAUUAGAUCUCUCUAGAAAUCGGCUCACGAAUGAUUGGGUGAAUAGAGAUACAUUUGCUGGAUUAAUACGUUUAAUUAUUUUAAACUUGUCUAAUAAUUUACUUACACGUUUAGACCCAAAAUCAUUUCAAGACCUCAAUAACUUACAAGUUUUAAACUUGGAUAACAAUGCAAUCGAAGUUAUUAGUAAUGGUGCUUUUGUAGAAUUGAAAAAUUUACAUCAAUUAUCAAUGUCAGAUAAUAAAAUAAAAAUAUUGAAUGAAAAUAUUUUCUCAAAUUUAUUUGUACUCAGUCAAUUAUAUUUAGAUAACAAUCAAAUAUCUACAAUACAUGAACGCUGUUUUGAAAAUAUUACAUACCUCCAAGACUUAGGACUUAAUGGAAAUAACUUAAACAUGAUUCCUACCGGCAUUAAAAAACUGAGAUUUUUGAAAUCACUUGAUAUUGGAAAAAACAACAUAACAAAAGUGAGCAAUACUUCUUUUGAAGGUUUAGAGGAACUAUAUGGUUUGCGUCUUGUCGACAAUUACAUUACAAGUAUACCAAAAGAUACAUUUAGUUCUUUACCAUCAUUACAGGUUUUGAACUUAGCUUCAAAUAGAAUUGAAACAAUAGAACAAGAUGCAUUUCUCUCAAACCCAACUUUAAAAGCUAUUCGUCUAGAUGGAAAUAAACUUACAGAUAUUCGAGGCGUAUUCAACAAGUUAAACACUCUAGGCUGGUUAAAUAUAUCUGAUAAUAAACUUAUAUAUUUCGAUUAUAGCUAUAUGCCAGAGACCCUUGAAUGGCUCGACAUUCAUAUGAAUAAUAUAACAAAACUAGAUAACGAGCAAAACGUGCAACAAAACAUCCGAAUGCUCGACGCUAGCUACAAUGCUUUAGAAAACGUCGAUGAAAGGUCGAUACCAGAUUCAAUAGAGAUCCUUUUCUUAAAUAAUAACAAAAUUCAUACAAUUUAUCCAGGUACAUUUAUACAGAAACGAAAUUUAGAAAAAGUUAUUAUUACUGACAAUAAGCUGAGAACCGUAGAGUUAGCGGCAUUCACGCUACCUCAUAUACCGAGACAUAGAAUAUUGCCAAGAUUCUUUAUUGGAAAUAAUCCAUUUGUAUGUAACUGUCACAUGAUAUGGCUACAAAAAAUAAAUCUUUGGAAUCACAUGAGACAAUAUCCUAGAUUUGAGGAUUUAGACUCGAUUACUUGUGAAGUAGUUAGCAACAAGUAUGGCGGAAAGGAGAAAUUAAUGGAUGUUCCCGAAACACAGUUCCUUUGUUCUUAUGAAACUCAUUGUUCUUCAAGUUGUUUCUGUUGCGACUUCGAAGCUUGUGAUUGUAAAAUGACCUGUCCUGAGGGUUGCUCUUGUUUUCAUGAUAGUAAUUGGAAUUCUAAUGUCAUUGAUUGUUCGAAAGUUGGAUAUACUGAAGUGCCUGAGAAGAUACCUAUGGACGCUACAGAAUUGUAUCUAGAUGGAAACGACUUUGGUUCGCUAGGAAGCCAUCUUUUUAUUGGAAAGAAAAAGCUACAUAAAUUAUAUUUAAAUAAUAGCAAUAUUGCCUACAUUGACAACGAUACAUUCAAUGGAUUACAUUCACUUAAUGUAAUUCAUCUCGAAAAUAACCAUUUGACUGAACUGUCUGGCGGAGAAUUCUCCCAAACUAAGCAUUUGCGAGAGUUAUAUUUGAAUGAUAACCUUUUAGUAAAUGUCUCAAAUAAGACCUUUGAAAAUCUACCUUCUCUACGUAUUGCACACAUACAAGGGAAUAAAAUAUUAGAUAUUGAUAAAAAAAUGUCAAAAACCUCUCACUUAGAAGAUCUCAAAGUACGAGGGAACGUAUUCACUUGCGCGUGUGACAAUUUAAUGGCUCUGCAAAAUUGGUUCAAGAAGUAUAAUGAAGAUCCAGCAGAAAUGUUUUGUGUAUCUGAGAACAAUUCUAAUUUAAAUCUUACAGUGUUUGAUGUGAUAGAUAAGUGUCGUGACUCUGGUAUAUUAGACAAUUCUAUUCCAACUGAAAAUCAACCUUAUCAAUAUGAUGAAAUUAGCACUAUUAAGUUAAAUUUUGUACCUCUUUUAGCUGUAGUAUUAAUAAGCGUGAUUCUUAUAUUACUAUUCGGUGCUUUAGCAUUCUCUUUUAGACAAAAUGUACGCCUAUGGGCCCAUUCUAAGUAUGGAGUUAGAUUAUUUAAGAGUGCUUCUAUCCAGGAAAGUGAGCUUGAUAGGGAUAGGCUUUAUGAUGCAUAUGCAGUUUAUAGUUUGUUAGAUGAUGAUUUCGUAACUAAGAUAGUAGCACCUGAGAUGGAACAUUGUGGCUAUACUAUGUGCUUUCACUAUAGAGAUUUACAACACGCUCCAGAAAAUUAUUUAUCAGAACAAAUUACAAACGCUGCAGAAUCUUCAAAGAGAUUGAUAAUUUUUGUUUCGUUUAAUUUCUUACAAAAUGAAUGGUCUAAAGUUUGGUUCAAAGAGGCAAUAAAACAUGUUAUCACAUCCAUUCACCCUUCCAUAAGACGGCAUAGAGUAGUUUUUAUUUUAACAACGGACGUGAGCGCGUUAAAUUUAGAUUUAGAUUUCCAGAACUAUUUAAAGAGUUGUAAUGUAUUACUUUGGGGAGAGAAAAAAUUUUGGGAGAAAAUGAGGUUCCUUAUGCCGGAUAUUUCAAACUUGCAAUGGAAUAAGGACGCCAUUAAUUAUAAUCGCGGUGUGUGUUCUAAUGGUAGGCGACAUCCCUCUCGUUACACUGCUUCACCUACGGCGCCGGAGCUUUGGUAUAAAUACGAUGCAAUUCCUCCCCAAACACCAACGUCUGCUAAUGUAGGUAUUCAUAUUGAAGACGAUACAUCUAUGCUAACUAAUACAACAAUAACGAGUCAAAUCCAAGAAGGUGACAAUCCACAUCAUAGUUACAUUUCAAUUGAUACUCAAAACUAUGAGCAGCCAUAUGGUGGUCGUCCUAGGCCGCCAAAUACGAUAAGAAAGCAUCCUGGCCAUACCUCCCCUUCAAUACUCGAUGAGCAAGGCUAUUUACAACCCCGAUCUUCUGUACAUGAUUGCUUGCCUCAAACCCAUUCGUCCAUACAUAGA